AUUCUAUAGGCCCAUCAUCAAAAUACAAAUUCUAUACCUCUGCUUGUGGAGUGGUCUGUAUGCAGUAUAGACUCUAUAGUAGAGCUAGUAGUGAUAUGGUAUCUAGAAUCUAGAUCUAUAUCCUCCACUGGAUAUGUAGAUCUAACUAUCAUGUUCUAAACUACUUAGUAUAGAUCUAGUUUUUUCCCCCAUUGAUUUUAAAUUUAAGAUUAGCGAUCUAAAAAAAUGGAUACCGAUCAAGACCAGCAUUUUAUAGGAGAUUCACUAAGACGACGUCAAACAGUAGGCCCUGACUCAGAAGAUGCUGUUAUUAACAGUAACACUUCUCUCCGCAAUGCUGACAAUAAUACUUUUGAUUCUCUUCAACCUCAACAACUUCCUAAUGCAGGUAGACAUGUACGUCCUCUUCGUGAGAGAACCAAUUUUCCACGCCCAAGGGCAGCUGUCGCAUAUGUGUUGAUAGGAACAUUUUACCUCCUUAUUAGUAUAUUUGUCCAUCAAAGAAUGAACUCCUACCCAGUACCAAAAAAUAAUGAAAACUCAAGACCUCAUGAAUUUAGGGAACAAAAUGCCAGAAGUCAUUUAGAGAUGUUAACAGGGUUUGGUCCUCGUGUCUCAGGAAGCAUUGCAAAUUCUAAAGCAGAAAAUUACAUUUUGAACUAUAUUCAACAAAUUUUUAAUGAGAAUGAGGGUCGUAAUCAAAAGAUAAAAAUGGAAAUUGAUGUCCAGAGUGCAAGUGGAAGUUUAACACUUGAUUUUAUCAAUGUUGGGGUAGGGGAAUUUACAAGUGUGUAUCAAGAUUUGAAAAAUGUUGUAGUGAUGUUGUCACCACCUGAACAGUCUGAGAACAGUGUUCUAGUAAACUGUCAUUAUGAUAGUGUGAUUGAUAGUCCAGGUGCAGGAGAUGAUGCAGCCAGCUGCUGUGUUAUGUUGGAAAUAUUAAGAGUAUUAUCUCAAAGUGAUUUUACCCUAAUGCACAAUGUGAUCUUUCUUUUCAAUAGUGCAGAAGAAAAUAUUUUGCAAACAAGUCAUGCUUUUAUCACUCAACAUCGCUGGGCUGGUAGUGUCAAAGCCUUUGUUAACUUGGACUCAGCUGGAGCAGGAGGAUGGGAAAUAGUCUUCCAGACUGGCCCAGAACAUCCCUGGCUGAUCAAGGCGUACAUAGAUUCUGCGCCUUAUCCUCAUGCAUCUGUGGUUGGACAAGAAAUUUUUCAAACCGGUCUUGUACCAUCUGACACAGAUUUUAGAAUUUUUAGGGAUUAUGGUCACAUCCCAGGCAUUGACAUAGCCCACAUCAAGAAUGGCUAUGUGUACCACACGAAAAAUGACCAACCUAUGUAUAUUCCUGCAGGAUCCAUGCAAAGAAGCGGUGAAAAUGUUUUAGCCACAUUAAAGCUUAUGGCCACCAGUUCAAAAUUAAGCAAUCCUGGUGAAGAUAAACAUGGCUCCAUGGUAUUUUUUGAUGUUCUUGGAUUCUUCAUCGUGGCAUAUCCACAACGUCUUGCUAAUAUUCUCAACUGGACAACAUUUGUUUAUGUGUAUAUUGCUUUUCUAAAACGGAUGUUUAGAAACAGAUAUUCUGGUCCAACAAGCAUGAUCAAGCCAAUGUUGCAAACUGUGUUAGCUAUGCUGGGCACAUGGGUCAUCAGUUUAUUGGUUCCAGUGGGUGUAGCACUUUUCCUCACUUGGAUUGGGCGCAGCCUCAGCUACUACACUAAUAGCCUGAAUAUUGUUUGGCUCUUCAUUCUUCCAUCUGUCACAGCAGUUAUGGCAUUUCACACCAUCUUGAAAAAAACACUGUUUAAGAAUACUGAUCUCACUGUAAUGGUGUCAAUGCUGCAAGAAGCCAACCUGAUUUUGUGGUCCUUUAUAUUGAUGUUCAUGACCAUACAUGGACUAAUGUCCUCCUACAUUCCAUUACUUUGUAUUUUGUGGCCAGCAUUUUUUUACACUGUGCUUAAUAUGUUGGGGUUUAAACCCACAGGACUAGCUUUCAAUCUGCUUGCAUCACUGGCUCCAAGUGUGUAUGUUGUUUAUCUUAUCUACACUCUACUGAUGUUUCUCAUCCCCAUCAUGGGGAGAUCAGGCAUGGAGACAGCACCGGAUAUUCUUAUUGCUUGUGUUUCUGGCUUACCUGUGUUGGUCUGCUUGCCCUAUCAGAUUGGCUUUGUGUAUACACACAACAGAGUAGGUCGCGUGAUCACUACAACAACAGCUGUGAUAUUGCUGGGACUGGCUGCUGUCAUCUUUACACCUGCAGGCUUUCCUUACUCCUCUAACCCACUGGAUGCUUCCGUCCAGCGAGCCAUGCUUGUUCACUUUGAUCGAAGGUUUCAUGGUCCUAACAAUAGAGUGAUCAGUAAAGAUGCAUACAUUUGGUACCAGCCAUUAGACUACCAGGGAGGCACAACACUACAACAGUACGCCCCUUGGAUAUUAGAGAAUGCUAAGAAAGCCACCUGUGAUGGUGUUUACUGUGGAAGGCCAUAUCUCUAUCCAUUCCUUCCCCAUGUUGAUGCACGAAAAACAUUUGAUUUUCCUGCUUCACCUUUGAAUGUGACAAGAGUUUCAGUAAAACUGAUAGAGCGCGUCCAAAAAAGUAACAGCGAAGUCAGGCUUACUUUUAAAAUGUCAGGUCCAAGUCAUGUAACGAUAUUUAUUGCUGAGCUACUUUCUGCAAGAAUGAUGCACUGGAGCUUUGGACAUAACAUUCCUGUGAAAGCCAACACUAUUCCAACCAUCCACCAUUCCACCUAUUUUAUUUACUACUCACAUGCUGGUCCACCUGACACAGCUUGGGAAUUUUCCAUUGAUCUUCAGGUUAGGAACAGACACGCCCUGAACAGCUCUCUUGUAAGGAUGGGUUUUGCAGGGCACCAUCUUCAUGGGCCAUCUCAGGUAACACCUGAAUUGUUUGCACUGGAACAAAACCUACCUGUGUGGAUGUUGGCUACUCGGUGGUCUGCUACAUAUGAUGAAUAUGUAUUUUAAUUUAUGCUAUUUUCAACUUUUUUAAAAUUGGUUUUCUUCAGUCUAAUCCAGUGAUUACAUUUAUUUUCAAAGCUAGCUGUAGUAAUUUUUUAUUGUGGUUUUGAAAAAUUCAGCAGUAAAUAUUUUAAAUCAACAUUUAACAACUUCAUAAAAAGUACUUUAAAGACAGAAAAAACUGAUUCUUUACUUUCAAUUUCCUCAAAAAACUGUGUGCAAAAUUCACACACUUUUCAUGCUUGUUAAAAAUCAUGUUGCCUUUUUUUUCCAUCAAAUCUAAACCAAAUUUAAGAUACUCAGUAUUUAAAAAAAAAAAAUUUUUAAUUUGGCAUUAUUGUGAUAAUAUUGAUCCAUUAUCAAAUAUUUAUUAUGAAAUAUUUAAUGAAAAAUGUUAUGCAACAUAUAUAAAUCAUAUAUACCUUUCACUGUUGCUAAUACAUUACACAAUCUGUAGAUUGCUUGUUACUUUAAAAAAUACUUAACUUUAAGCUUAAAGAUAUACAAAUAUAUUUUUAUAAAAAAAUGUCUGCCUCAGUGCAUCCUCCAUAACAAUAGUACUUUAGUAUUAGCAGUAUUACUACUUUAUUAAUUUAUAUAUAAAGCAUUAAUAUUUUCCAUUUAUAAACAUCUUUGACAUGUAUACCAGUAUUUACUAUUCUAUAAUAAACUUUUUUUUUGGCUAGUAAGAGCUCAAGUGCUUUUUAUUUUUAUCCUUUUCUGCCUUAAAUUUGUUAAUAUAAAGUUUCUCUGGAGCUAAAUGACAAAAAAAAAUCUUGUUAUUAUCUGUUGGUACUGCAUCAUAACUUGUUAUAUACCAGUUUUAAUGACCUAUAAUGUUACAUCUAUCAGUAUCAUUAAUUUAAAUGAAUAUACUGUGAUACAAUUGGUAAAACUGCUUUUUUGAAUAUUUUUCUGCAUUGUGUUGAUGUUAUAAGAAACUAAAAAUGCUUGUUUCAUUUUUCAAGGUUCUAUUGUUCUUAAGUCAACACUUCUAUUUUGCUUAGCACAAAAUAAAGUUAAACCUUUUGUCUCAAUUUUACAUAAUGUUAAUUAAAAAUGUGAUAUACUAAAUUGUGAUUUUAGCUAUAAUUGAAUUUUUUUUAAAUAAAAAACUUGAUUUAAAUUUGUGAUAGGUUAAAUAUUUAUUAACAGCAUUUGCUAAUGCAGAAGUUUUUAUAAAUUGCUUUCUUCAUCUAGGUACAUUCUUUGUUCUAAAAUUUAAGUGAAGAGAAUUAAGUAUAAGUAUAAGAAGAGUAUAAGUUUAUUGUUGAUUGCUGUUUAACAUUUGUGACCUUAUGUUAAAGAAAUGUAUUCCAGAAUUUCAGGGUAAUUUAUUAUUGAAACCUUGCAUUACUAAUUUUUUUAAUGCAUCACUGCCUAAAGAAUUAAUCAAAGAAGCUGGAGUUUUAUUUUUAUUACCUCUCCUUUCUAAAUGCCUUAAUGUUAAAUGCCAGUUAUUUAUUGUGCAUAGGUGAUGGAGUUUUAUUUAUAGUUUUUAAAUCACAUUAAAACAGUUUUUAACUUUUAUAAAACUUUUUCACCACUCAUUUUAAUCAAGCAAUUGCACAUUUAAAAGUUCAGUAUGGUAAAGAUUUUAAAAUUUUUAGGAAAAUUUACUUAUAUCAAGUUUUGACAAUGUAUCAUUGUAUGUUCGAUAAUAAAAAAAUUGCCUUUUUAUUUAUUUGAUGCUUGGUUAAUUUUGCCAGAAUUUUGAAACAUAAAUGUAUUGGUACACAAAAGGAUUAUGAAAGACUUUUAGGCUUACAAUAUAUAGAUAUUAACUGCUAGUGGCCUAGUCUGAUGUAUUGUUAGACAAUUUGCACCGUAAAUAUUUAAGCUAAUCGGUUUCAAUUUUUAAAUUAUUUUCUUUAAAAAAAAUCAGCAUUUGAACAUUUAUUUUUUUGUUUACUAUUUGUUACUUUUUGUAUUAUUAAUA